AUGACCUCCUUCGCCGCCAGCAACUACACCGGCCUCAAGCAUAUCCAUGCGCUGGUUGCCGAGCAGCUUGCCGAGAUUUUCGCCACCAAGGGCGCCGAGCUGACUCCGGCUGUGACUGCCGAGGCUGCGGCCAAGCUCAAUGCCGAGACUAUCUUCGGCCUGGUUCAGGUCCCUGCCAGCUCGAAGAACGGCCAUGCCACCAUUCCGAUGCCGGUGCUGCUGAAGGCUGGCGAUCUCAAGGGCAACCCCGCGCAGUUUGCUGCCAGCGUUGCCAAGAUCAGCACACGUGAUCUCAAGGGCAACCCCGCGCAGUUUGCUGCCAGCGUUGCCAAGAUCUUCACCGUGGGCGAGCUCAUCACCAAGGUCGAGCAGGCGGCCAUCUACCUUAACUUCCAUGCCAACCAGGACUUCCUCACCUCGAGCGUCCUGUCGGCUGUCCUCCAGCAGACCGAUAACUAUGGCAGCAACGGUGGCCAGCUUGGUCUUGGCAAGAAGAUUGUCGUCGAGUACAGCUCCCCGAACAUCGCCAAGCCCUUCCAUGCCGGUCACCUGCGCUCGACCAUCAUCGGAAACUUCAUCGCCAAUGUCCACCGCAUGCUCGGGUAUGAGGUGGUCCGCAUCAACUACCUCGGCGACUGGGGCAAGCAGUUCGGUCUCCUGGCCGUUGGCUUCGAGAAGUACGGUUCCGAGGAGGCCCUCAACGAGAACCCCAUCAUCCACCUGUUCGACGUCUACGUCAAGAUCAACGUACGUUGCUCGGAGGAGGCCACCAACGAUGCCACCAUCCACGACCAGGCCCGUGCCUACUUCCAGCGCAUGGAGAACGGCGACGAGAGCGCCCUGGCCAUCUGGAAGCGCUUCCGCGAUCUGUCCAUCACCAAGUACAUCGACAUCUACAAGCGCCUUGGCAUCGAGUUCGACGUCUACUCCGGCGAGUCGCAGUACUCCGAGUCCAUGAAGGACGCUCUGGCCGAGCUGAAGGAGAAGAACCUCCUCACUGAGAGCCUCGGCGCCCAGAUCAUCGAGCUCAAGGACAAGAAGCUCGGACAUGUCAUUGUCGAGAAGUCCGAUGGCACCACCCUGUACAUCACGCGUGAUAUCGCUGCCGGCAUUGAGCGCUUCAACACUUACAACUAUGACCAGCAGUUCUACGUCGUGGCUGCCCAGCAGGACCUGCACUUCCAGCAGCUCUUCGAGAUCUUCCGCCGCAUGGGCCGUGAGAACAUCUCCGAGAAGUGCCAGCACAUCAACUUCGGCAUGGUCAAGGGCAUGUCCACCCGUAAGGGCACCGUCGUCUUCCUGGAGGACAUCCUCAAGGAGGCCGCCGAGACCAUGCACACCGUCAUGAAGGGCAACGAGGAGAAGUACAAGCAGAUUGAGGACCCGGACGCCAUUGCCGAUAUCCUCGGUAUCUCGGCCGUCAUGAUCCAGGACAUGUCGUCCCGCCGCAUUCGUGGCUACGACUUUGACUGGCGCCGCAUCACCUCCUUCGAGGGUGACACCGGCCCCUACCUGCAGUACACUCACGCGCGCAUUUGCUCCAUCCAGCGCCGCCUGAGCGCGGUCCUCAGCCUGGAGAAGGACAUCUAUGCCGCGGACGCCGCCAUCGAUUUCUCUCUGCUGACGGAGCCGGCCGCCCAUGCCCUGGUCGACCUGAUGGCCACCUACCAUGACGUCCUGCUGGCUGCCUGCAAGACCUCCGAGCCUUGCGGUGUUGUCACCUUCGCGCUGGAGCUGUCGCGCGCCAUCUCCUCCGCCCUGGACACUCUGCGUGUCAUUGACCAGGAGCCGGCUGUUCAGCGCGCCCGCGCGGCUCUCUUCAUUGCCGCCCGCCACACCCUCAGCAAUGCUCUGCGGAUCCUUGGCCUGACUCCCGUGGAGCAGAUGUAA